ACUGACGUCGCCUGGUUGAGCGGUGAGCGAGGACAAGCUGCUUUAAUUUAGUGAAGAGGAGAAGGUGGCACUGGUGAGAGCCAGCCCGCCGCCAGCGAUGGCUUCUCUCAGGCAGGAGCACCUCUACGGGCUGUCGUGUGGAAAGAACAGUAAAAACAGCCCCAACAGGACAUUUUAUCACGUCAAGCUCACCGACACUGCCAUUCGAGCGCUGGAGGCUUACCAGAACCUUAAGGCUAAUUUACCAAGUGAGCCGUUGAUCAGUUUUAAAGGGAGCCAGGGGUACAUCAAGCUGCCAGCCCCUACAGAAGAGUCACCCAAUGCUCUUCGCGUCUUCUCCUUCUACCUAUCCAGCGACUGCAAAGACCAACCUCAGGCCAGCUUUGACUGCAUCCAUCAAUAUUUUUCAAGCGAUGGCCGUGAGCAACUGGAAGGACAAGGGGUCAUCCAGGACAAGAUCACUGUGUGCGCCACCGAGGACUCCUACCAGAUGACCCGCGAGAGGAUGUCUCAAGUGGAGAAGGAUAGUUGGAGCCGCUCCGCCAUUGAGAUCAAACCGGGAGCCUCGCAUCCCAGCAAAAGCAUCAAGUUCCAAAAGAGGCCACCUCUUCUGUCUGCAUCAGACGGCGGCUUCUGCAAACCCCCCAUAAUGAGCCGGUGGAGCGGCAGCAUGGCCUCAGUCAACCAGAAGUCCCUCAGGGAACGCAUCAUUCACCUGCUGGCUCUCAAGUCUUACAGGAAGCCAGAACUGCUGCUGUGGCUGGAGAGGGAACGGGUCACGCCCAAGGACAAGGCAGAACUUGGAGCCAUACUGGAAGAGGUAGCAAAGGUGAACCCCAAAGAUAGCAGCUACCUAUUGAGAGAAGACUUCUACAAGCAUGUGCGAAGGGACUGGCCCAGCUACAAUGAAGAGGAGCGGAAACUGGUCAGCAGGUUGCUGCCAAGGAAGUUACAUCCCCAUGUCAACGACCAAUCAAAGAAUCCUCACACCAGCGGCUCAAUACUGAGGACAUCGGAGGAUAGAACGGUACAUCACAGCAUGGCAAGGAACCCAGUUGGGAAACGACCCAUGCCUUCUGAUUCGCUACAAGCUUUGGCUGCAAAGCGACAGAGACAAAGCGAUAACAGGACGCAACAGCAGCCGUCUAGCAAUGGACUCUUAGAUAAUAAGAGCACGCACGUUAGUGCACCUCCAUGUUUCCACUCUCUCAAGACUGAUUUCCAGGGAACUCCUAACACAACGGGGAGCAUUGAUGGGUCACCAGGAGGGCUACACGGCUCUCCUCUAACGCACAAAACGUCGAGUACGUCAGAUGUGUCCAACCAGCACGGAACCAAAGCGAAGAACCACACUCCGCCUCAGGUUGAGUCGGUCGGCACUCAGCAGCAGCAAAGGAAGAAGAAAUCCAAAAAGCACAAAGACAAAGAGCGGGAAAGGUUCAAAGAAAAGCAGGACAGAGGAUGGUCGGAGAACAGUCCUGAUCCCAAGCAGAACCAGGACAAACUUGGGAACUGUGACAUCACAAAUGAUAAGGACUUGGAGGAGAAGCCCGAUUAUGUGCUCACGUACGUCACGGUCACAAGCCCAGAGCAACGUCAGCGGUACCAAGAGGAUUUCAGCGCAGAGUACGAUGAAUACAAAGACCUCCACACCCGAAUCGCCACCAUCACUCACAUGUUUGUUCAGCUUGGAGCCAAAAUCAAGAGCAUGUCACCCGGUACUAAAGAACACAAGGUAAUGGAAGAUCAGAUAUUAGAAAAAUACAACAAGUAUCGAAAGAAGUUUCCAGGCUACCAGGAAGAGAAGAAGCGCUGUGAAUAUCUCCACCACAAACUGUCCUUCAUCAAACAGCUCAUCACAGACUAUGAUGUCUCUCGGGCGUCCUCGUAGCAAAGGCCCUCCCUUCCGUGUACCAGGGAAGACGUCAAAACAUCCAUAGACAAUAUAUGUCCUUCAAGAUGAUUUCAAUGAGGCAUCAAGAAGGGAUCGUACAAAUAGUCUUAAAUCUGAAGCAGAUUUGGAACUUUUUAUAUUUGGUUUCAGGUUGAAGUGAGAAAGGCAGACAUUGAACAUAAUUACAAGACUUUUUUUUUUUUUUAAAUGCACAUGAGUUGCCGCCUUUGUUACGCUACAAGAAAGCCUUCUGGUCUGCUGCUUAGCUAGUGCCUCUUUUUCUCUGCUGUAGCAUUGACUCUUUUUUUUGGUAUUUUAUCUUUUUAACCAAAGUUUUAUGUUUUUUUUUUGCACAGCAUGCAGGAUCAUAUUUAUAUAUUUGUAUGCACCCUCCUUCUAUCUGAUUGCAGCUGAUUGACAUUCUUCUGCUUGAAGCUGCACCCCCACAAAUGCACUUGUUUAAAGUCUUUAUCGAGCACAACCUUUCAGUCUUAAAAUUGUUGGCAAAUGAUCGUUUAACGUACCUCCUUCUUCUAGUGAUGUGACACCAAGUGUUUUUCAGAGAGCUGCUGAUGUAUUUAUCUUAAGGCAGGCUUCUCCCGUCCUGAAAUGCAGAACUUAAAGCACAUUAUUUUAUCCAAACACUGGGAGGAGAGGGAGCAGAGUAACCUUUUAGCCUUUUGUAUCUCACUUUUACACUGCCUGUAAAAGCUGGCAUUUUUUCACCUUUGUUUUUUU